AUGCUUGGAAUUUGGAUACUAGCGCUGUUCCUGCUCGGCACAGCCACAGGCAGUGAAGUCUGCUAUGAUCGGAUAGGAUGCUUCACCAAUGAUGUACCCUGGGCUGGGACUCUGGAAAGACCCAUCUCCAAGUUACCGUGGAGUCCAGAGACGAUAGACCCCCGUUUCCUCCUCUACACCAAGGCAAAUCCUGAUGACUACCAAGAUAUCUCUGCAACUGAUCCAACAACAAUUGAGCAAUCAAAUUUUGAUGUGAACAAGAUAACCAGAUUUAUUGUACAUGGAUUUAUUGACACAGGAGAAGAAAACUGGCUGUCAGACAUGUGCCGGAGGAUGUUUGAAGUGGAAGAUGUGAACUGUAUCUGUGUAGACUGGAAAAAAGGCUCAAGAUGUGCAUACACCCAGGCAGCAAACAACGUCCGUGUUGUAGGCGCUGAAAUAGCCUAUUUUGUAGAUGUGCUUGUGGACAAAUUCGGAUACUCUCUAGACAAUGUCCACAUAAUUGGGCACAGCCUCGGAGCCCAUGUGGCAGGUGAAGCUGGGAAAAGGAGGUCGGGGAUUGGAAGAAUCACUGGACUGGACCCCGCUCAGCCGUAUUUCCAAGACACUCCCAUUGAGGUCAGGCUGGAUCAGUCUGAUGCAAAAUUUGUUGAUGUUAUUCACACCGACACAGCUCCCACCAUCCCCUACCUGGGUUUUGGAAUGAGCACAGCUAUAGGACAUCUUGAUUUCUAUCCAAAUGGAGGACGGGAAAUGCCAGGAUGUAGCAAGAAUGUUAUUUCUACGAUUGUAGACCUUGAUGGCAUCUGGGAAGGAACUCGGGACUUUGCGGCUUGCAAUCAUUUGAGGAGUUACAAGUAUUACUCUGAUAGUAUCAUCUACCCUGAUGGAUUCCUAGGCUUCGCUUGUGCUUCCUAUGACACUUUUGAAACAGAAAGUUGUUUCCCAUGUUCAAAAGAUGGAUGCCCAAAUAUGGGUCACUAUGCAGAUAAAUACAAAGACAAAGUUACCAGUGAGGUCACAAAACUUUACCUGAACACUGCAGAGACCAAAAACUUCCCUCUCUGGAGGUACAAGAUAUCUGUGACAAUCUCUGGAAACCGCAAAGUAACAGGAUAUGUAAAUAUUGCCUUGUAUGGAGAUGGUGGGAACACAAAGCAGCACCAGAUUUUCCAAGGAUACCUCCAGCCAGAUGUUACUUACACAAAAUUAGUUGAUGCAGAACUUAAUGUUGGAACAAUCACAAAGGUGAAAUUUCUCUGGAACAACAACGUGAUAAAUCCAACUCUCCCUAAACUAGGAGCUGCAAAAGUCACUGUGCAAUUCGGAGAAACUGGAGAGGAAUUCUACUUCUGUGGUUCCGAAACAGUGAGGGAAGACGUUCUGCAAACUCUUACUGCCUGCUAA